GACUAAUUUAAAAUUAUUUUGUUUAAUAUAGGUGUAGCAUUUUACUGUUGACUGACUUUAUCUUUGAUUAUAGUUUUGAUCGUAAAAAACUUGUUAACAAUAAACUUAUUUUUAUCAAUAUGGUUUCUAUAUCAAACUAUCCAAUGCCUCAAAUGAAUCAAACAGCUAGCGAAAUUAAACAAGUUCUUAAAUUGACGUUAGAGUCAACGCAAUUUGAACAAUUUUUGAGCGAAUGGGAUAAAAAUUUGGAUCACCUAUCUACACUUCAUUCUAACUUUAUUGAAAAAGUAAAAGAAAAGGAGAACUGGGCAACUGAAGAAUUUUUAAAUCAACUACUAUCUCUUCGCGAGUCGAUACCAAGUUCAACAUCAGUACCAUUUUUAUUGAAACAAAGUCAGAAUCAUAAUGAUCAAACUUAUUAUGUAUCUUGUCUUGCGAUGAGUAUUGGAAUGUUGAAAUCAGAUGAUUCCGUUCUAACAAAAUACGACAAUACUAAAUUCAGUUGUUCAAAUUUAGAGAAAACACAGCAAUCAAAUAUGUUCAGUUGUCGAAUUCCUGGAAAAACAAAAGAUACAAUUUAUGGAGACGAAAAAAGCAAGCACGUUCUUGUUCUUUUUAAAGGUUGUGCUUUUGUUGUUUAUAUUUUGUCUUCCAACGGUGAAACAUUAAACUUUUCUGAAAUUUAUGCCCAAAUUAAAGCCAUAACAAACUAUGAUGGCAAAAUAACUCCAUCAAUAUGCAAGUUUACUUCACUCAAACGCGAUAAGUGGAAUGAAAUUCGUGAAAAUCUUUUAGAGAAAAAUAAGGAAUCGUUAAAGUUGAUGGAAAGUUCUAUUGCGACAAUUAUCAUUGAAGAUAAAGAUUGUCCUUCAGAAUAUCAUGAAGCGAUUGAUCACGUAAAGUUUGGAGAUGCGUUACAUGGCAACAUGCGUUAUUAUGAUCAAAUAGUUAAUAUAAUUGUCUAUAAAAACUGCGUCGCUGGUCUAUUGCUAGAGCAUACCGUUGUCGAUGGUUAUUUAAUGUAUGUUAUUUGUCAGUCUCUUUAUUAUAUGGGUGAAAAUUGUGGCGGAAAAAUAACAAUAAAAAAAAGUGGCGAUGAAAUUAAGUUUAACUUAAACCCUAUUUCUUUUAAUCUUAAUGAUAUAACAUUUGAAAAUAGUCUUUGCGUCAGUACUAAUAUUGAAUAUUUUGACUUUUUUGGAUAUGAAGAUAUGUUCGCAAUAUUAAAAGAACAAAGAUUGUAUGAAGCUUGGAUUAACUUUAGUUUGCAAUUGGCAAUUAAACAAACAUUCGGAACUUUAAAGUUUUUGUUAGUUACUCCAACACACGUAAGACAUUUCAACAACGGCCGAUCGGAUCCAACCUACACGAUCACAGAAAAGUCAGUGAAAUUUCUAGAUGAAUUGAGUUCUAAUCAAUCAAGUUAUGAAAUAAUUAAUACUUUCGUUGAAGCAGUCAAAGAGCAUAAAAAUAAAAUAAAAUCAUCAAAAAUGGGCUAUGCAAUUGGUCCUCACAUUGGGCAACUUCGAAACUGGCUUUCAAAUGAUGGAAAUUUAUUAAAAAAACUUAUGGAAAUAUUUGGUUCUCCGUCUAUUUAUCUAACAGGUUAUGAAUCAGCAAAAGAAAUUGACUUUGCUAUUUCAAAUUUGUACGCUACGAAUCAAUUGCAUGUAAGUUAUUUUGGUUCAGAAAACAAAGUUCGAGUUAUUAUGAAUGUUAAUGGCAUAUUUAAAGAAAAAAUAAAAGACCUAAAAAAUAACUUUUUAAAAGCAAUGUUCGAUAUUCAAACUGUUGCUACCAAAACUGCAAUAGCUAUUCAAAUGAAUGCACUAGAGACUCUAAAAAAUUGUGAAAAACAGAACGAAAAAUUACCUUUUUCAAUAUUACUUCAUGGUGGAGCUGGAGCCAAUAUGAAUUUGGGUAAAGAAAUUGAAGAAGUAGUUUUAUUUUCCCUAAAAGCAGCUCUUUCUGUUGGGAUUUGCUCUCUAAAAUCUGGUGAAAGUGCCGUAGAUGCUGUAGAAAAAAUAGUUACUUCUUUGGAAAAUUGUUUUUUGUUUAAUGCAGGCAAAGGUUCGAUAUAUAAUGAAAAGAACGAACAUGAAUUAGAAGCUUCAAUUGUUGAUGGUAAAAAUAAAAUUUGUGGUUCGGUAGCAUGUCUUACAACUAUAAAAAACCCUAUAAAAGCAGCAAGAAUUGUUAUGGAAAAAACGCCUCAUUCAUUUGUUGUUGGAAAAAAAGUCGAAGAUAUAGCAAAAGAAUUUAAUCUCCCAACAGUUGAAAACACUUAUUUUGAUACUAGUUUUCGUCGUAGAGAAAUGAGUAAUAACACUUUUAAAUCAUAUGACCAUAAACAAACGGUAGGGGCAUUAGCGCUUGAUAUUUAUGGUAAUAUUGCUGCAGCCUCUUCAACUGGUGGAACAAUGAAAAAGAUGAGAGGAAGAAUCAGUGAUACAGCUAUUGUUGGCGCAGGAGUUUAUUCAGAUGAACAUGUUGCAGUAGCAUGUUCCGGAAACGGGGAAGUAUUUAUCCGAAAUUCUAUUGCAUCCAAAAUUGCGAGUUGUUACAAAAUUAACAAAAGUCUUAGGGAUUCAUGUGAGAAAGUACUUAAUAAAGAACUUGGAUCAAAUUUUGGUGGAGUAAUAGCUUUAAGCUCAGAUGGUUCUUUUCACGUUGAGAAUUGUUCAGAAUCGAUGUUUAUUGGAUUAUAUGACGGGCUAAACUCCCGUGUUGAAAUUUUGGAUAAGAAGAGUUCAGAAGCUGUUAGUUCAAAAGUCAAUAUAGAAUCUCUAGAUAUAAUACCUCCUAAAUCAUGGCAAUCACCGAUUUUACACUCAGAAACUGCGAUAACUCAUGAAUGGUACUCAGCAAUAUUUGAUAUUCAAAACACUCUUUACCAUUCAACUGUGAACUUUUUCAAUAACUUGAAGUAUUACUACGUGCUUACUCCAAUAACAACUCAAACAAUUUCAUCGCCAAUGGGACUUGGUUCUGAUUCCGAGCCUGUUCAAGUAAAAAUAUCUGGUGAAAAUGUUUUUAUAGCAGAUUCUAUGCAAUUUGUCUUAGAAUAUUCACUGAGAUUAAAGAAAAAUCUUGCCGGAACAUAUUAUAUAUCUCCAAGCUUUCGUGGUGAAACACCAGAUUCAACACAUUUAAAUCAAUUUUAUCAUGUGGAAUGUGAAAUAUUAGGAGAUAUGGAUGCAGCCAUUAGUAUUGCUGAAAAGUAUGUAAUAAAUUUAACAAAAAAAAUAUGUAAAAAACACUCUUCUAUUAUUCAAAGAACGGCUGGUAGUAUUUCCCAUAUUAACACAAUACUUGUGACUUUUGAAAAAGAGGGAAAGUUUCCCAGAAUCGAACUUGAUGAUGCAAUAGACAUUAUGAAAGAUUUUCAUGAUUUCUAUGAGUUAGUUGUAAAUGGCAGACCAGAAUUUGGUAGAAAACUAACAAGAAAAGGUGAACAAUUUCUUAUUCAAAAAUUCAAAGGUCCUGUUUGGCUUACUCAUAUGGAUCACUUAGGAGUGCCAUUUUAUCAAGGAUAUUCUAAUGCGGAGAAAACGAAAGCUAAAGCGGCUGAUCUUUUAAUAGGCUUAGGCGAAACCUUGGGUUUAGGCGAAAGACACGAAACAUGUAUACAAGCUGAAGAAGCUUUAGCACAUCAUAGGAUCGAGAAAGAAGAUUAUAACUGGUACUUAAAUAUGAGAAGAAUUAAACCUCUUCUAACAAGUGGAUGGGGAAUGGGUACUGAAAGAUUUCUUUGUUGGAUUUUGCAAAACGACGAUGUUAGGGAUAUGCAAAUCUUGCCAAGAUUGAAUGGAUUCCAAUUUUUACCUUGAACUAUUUUUUAUGUAAACUUCAUUUUAGUAUUUUCUGAAUUAAACGAUAGUUUGUAAUAAAUUGUUACUAUAUUUUAUGUUUUUUUUUGUUGUUGUCAUUAAUGAAGUUUAAUGGUUUAUUGUUUAAUACUAAUUAUGAUAAUUAUGAA